AUGGCUGCUCCUUCUCCCUGUUCGGGGUCUCCUGCUGCAGCUUUCUCGUCGGCGUCUGUUAAUUGCUGUCCCCCAAGCCCGUGGGGGCCUCAGUCGUCUCCUUCUCUAUCUUCUGCAUCUUCAUCUGAUUCUGCUGCAGCAGAAGGGGCCACCAAGGGCCCCCCUGGGGGCCCCAGGGGCCCCGAGACUCCCACCGUAGCAGCAGCAGCAGCAGCAGCAGCAGCAACAGCAACACCAGGGCCCCACAAGAAUGCUUUAGCAUACGCUUCACCAACAACAACAGCAACACCAGGGCCCCACAAGAAUGCUUUAGCAUACGCUUCACGUUUAUCUUCAAACCCUAACAAGGGCCCCGUAGGGCGUAAGGAAGGACGGGAGAAUGCAGCAACAUUUGCAGCAAAGACGAAGUUGCUGCUGCAGCAGCUGCAGCACGUGCUGCAGCAGCUGCAGCAGCAGCAGCAGCAGGGCACACGCAAAGAAGGUAGCGGCAUUGUUGUACAUACAGGUGCAGGAAUAAGCACAAGUGCAGGCAUACCAGACUUCAGGGGGCCUUCAGGUGUAUGGACACUUGAAAAGAAAGGAAAAAACCUCGCAGAUGUUGAGGCCAGCAUCGCACAGGUUUCCUUUGGGAAGCAGCGAAGGGCUGUAGUUCCUUUCAACUUGGCUCUCCCUACUCAGACCCAUCUCAUCCUGGGGGCCCUCUCGCAGCAGCAACACCUAAACCCUUCCUUAGCUCUAAACCCUAAACCCCUCAAAGAAUGCAAGCAUGAAACCCCCCACCAGCAGCAACAGCAGCAACAGCAACAGCAACAGCAACAGCAGCAGCAGCAAGAUGAUGCAAGCAGCAGCACUCUACCGUCUGCAGGGGGAAAUGCACUCGGGGCCCCUGAUGCUUCACCUAGGGGCCCCCCUGAGGGCUCCCCUGAAUGCCCCCCUGAGGGCUCCCCUGGGGGCCCCCCUGGGGGCCCCCCUGAGGGCCUCUGUAAAAGCCUUCAUGAGGGCCCCUGUGGGGGCUCCCCUGAGGGCCCCCCUGAGGGUCCCUGUGGGGGCCACCCCGAGGGCCCCCCUGGGGGCCCCCCCGAGGGUCCCUGUGGCGGCCCCCCUGGGGGCCCCCCUGAAGUUUCCUAUGGGGAUUCCCCUAAGGGCCCCUGUAGGGGCCCCCCUGGGGGCCCCCCUGAAGGCCCCCUUAAGGACCCCUAUGGAGGCCCCCCUGGGGGCCCGUAUGAGGGGCCGGGUGAGUUAGAGUGUAUUGAAGUUGAGGGUAUUAGACUAUUAGAUUUGAUAAUAACUCAAAAUGUGGAUGGCUUGCAGCAGCGGUGCGGGACGAAGAUGAAGAGGGUGGUGGAUGUGCAUGGAAAUAUGUUCGUAGAAAAAUGUGCGAAGUGCUGCCGACGAUUUUUUAGGGACUUCACGCUGCUGACUUUGUCGUUUGCACCUACUGGACAUCUAUGCGGUUUGUGCAGUUUCCCUCCUUGCGGUGUCUGCACAGAUGUGUUGUUAGAUUGGUUUGAUGCCUAUGAAGACGAUUUUUUAUCGAAUGAAGUGCUGCAGACACUCGCAAGGGGCCUGGGGCUGCAGCCGGGAUGGGGGUGGAGCACCAGCAGCACCAGCAGCACCAGCAGCAGCAGCAGCAGCAGCAAGAAGCGUGUGGGGGGGAGAUGGGGAUCGAUGGGAUCGUGCGAUCCCACGGGGUUUGAAGGAGAUCCUGUUGAGUUUCACUACGGCGAGUUUAUAAGAACCUCUCUCCUCUUUGUUCUCCGAAUACCUACGCAUGCGCUGCCUAUACACUGGCAGCCGCAGCAGCCGCAGCAGCAGCAGCAGCAGCAGCAGCAGCAGCAGCAGCAAGGGGAGACGGAGACACCGCAACAGCAACACACGCCAUACUGCGUGCUUAAGCUGACCCUUUGGUUUGGGACGUCGGCGUCAGUUCAUUUGAAGUACCAAAACACGCAAAGGGCUGCUGCUGCUGGGGAUUCGAAGGAGACAGUUAAGUUCAGUGAGAAGAUAGAGUGGCAGCUACCCGAUGGUUUCGGUACGCUCUACAAACUCCACGGGGCUGCUGCUCUCGCCCCACAGGCUCAUGUACGUGCUGCGCUGCAGCAGCAGCUGCUGCUGCACAAGCAACAGCAACAACAACAACAACAACAGCAGCAGCAGCAGCAGCAACAACAACAAAAUUCUCAUCAAAGUUGCCUUACAGAAUCCCCUCUCGCAACCACUGGGGAAAUGGAGUCAAGCCAGACACCAGCUACACCAGCUGCUGCUGCUGCUGCUGCUGCUGCUGCUGAAAUGCUCGAAGCAUCCGCAGGAAGCAAGAGCAGCAACGGCAGCAACAGAAGCAGCAGCUGCAGCGCCGAGAGACGGUACCCGCUGCGAAGUUCGCGGCAGACUGGCGCUGCUGCUGCUGCUGCUGCUGCUGCUGUGUAUGGGUCGUCCAAGAGGAAGAAGCGCGGCAGCAGCAGCAGCAGCAACAGAGAGCAGCAAAGGCUUCGAUUGGCUGCAGCAGCCGAGUGUAUCCCCAGGUGUAAUCUGCCAACAGAAGAAGAAGAGAAAAUGCUGCCUUGUCUUCCUUUGCUGCUCGCACCCCAUCUGCAGCAGCAACUGCAGCAGCAGCAGCAACUGCAACAGCAGCAGCAGCAGCAAGCGCAGCAGCAGGAGCAGGAGCAGCAGCACCAACCGAAGCAGCAGCAGCAGCAAGGGGAAGCAGCAGCAGCUGCUGCUGCACCGCCGUCUCCUUGUUGCGGCAGCAGCGAGUGUGGGGCCCCACAGCUGCUGCUUGCUGCUGAGUGGGAGUUGGGGUGUCUCGUCACCUCCGUCCCUCCCGAAAUCAAACCGCAUAAAAAGGGAUACCUGCGAUUGCUGCAGAAGGCCAUCAAGCAGCAGCAGCAGCAGCAGCAGCAACAGCAGCAGCAGCAGCAGAUGCCACUCUCGGAGCGGUCUUUGAGAAAUUUUCCUCAGUGGGCUUUGGCCUAUUUGCAGGAUUUGUUUGAGUGCAUGUAA